CAUAAAUCAGAUCCAAAAGAAAGAGUUUUUCUGUGCAUUCAAUUUGUUUUCGCAUUAUUUCUAUGAAUAUGUUAUAAACAGUAUUGUCUUUUCAGUUCAGUCUUAUAAACGUCUUUACAGUUAUUGUCGUUAUUAUCAAUAAUAUUCUUAAAACCAUUAAUAAUUGUAAAAUUUAACAAAAGUUUCAAUUAUUCUAAUAGAUAUUGGUCUAUAUUUUUAACGUGUUGUUCAAAAUGUUUGGCAAAUAUCUAUCAUGUGUUGUUAUAUUAGUGUAUGUCUGGUAUGUGAGCGCCGUUUUAAUGGACAGAAGUAGUGGUAAUGUGUUGUCAGAGGAAAGCCAUCCGAGGAAUCCGUUCUCCAAAUUAGUCCCAAUCAGAAGAUUAAUGGAAAGACGAUAUAAUAGGGAAUCUCCAAACGGGCCGGCAAUGGACGACAUCUCAUAUGUGGACAAAUUAAUACGAUUGGCGUAUAGUAUGCCUCACGUCAAAGACAUCAAGAAUAAGGCCAUGAAUUUUGUUGACCACAAAAGUGGUAUCAGAUUCAAGAAGUCCGACGAUUACAGCAUUUAUGACAAACCAUUGCAAUACUGUUGUGACGGGGAGUGAGAUAAUGGGCGGACAACCGGUCAGAGAGACUCAUUUGACGUUAAACUUAUAAUGAAAUAAUAAUGUCAUUUAGUGUUAUUUAUUUUAACUAAACAAUCACGUU